AUGGCCCACACUUAUCCAGCCCGUUCGACGGCGUCACUCUCCAAACAACUGGCCAAUUUCACCAAUUCGACCGCCGGCCUCGAUUUGACUCUACGCCUAAUCCAUGCUCUCGUUCUGAUUGGGGCAGAGCUGAAUCUUGAUAAUACUACUGUCACAAAGUGUGCGAUAGCGGCGUCCCAGCUAGCACUCGCGAGGCGGUAUCUCCGGUUCUUCUGUUUUCUGGAUUUUUUCCAGAAUGUCCAAGACCUCCUGGCCGGAGGUUCUUCGGCCGGAACCAUGAUGAUGAUGCUAGAGGUGGUAGAAUCCAGCUGCCUAGGGCUUUAUUUUCUUUUAGAGGACUUGACUAUGCUGCAUGACAUGAAUAUCUACUUGGUCUCCUGGUACAUGCCCAUCCUGCUCGAAGCCAACAAGUUUUGGUUCUAUGCUAUCUGCAUAUCAAUCGCAAGGACAUCCAAGGAGCUCGUGCUUGGUUCAGCGGGACCAAGCACUGCAAGUGGAUCUUCAGGUACAGAUGAAAAGAAAAAGAAAAAGGCCAAGGAAAUUACUCCCUCGAAACCAGCUCUAUCGACUAUAUCCCUACUGAACCGGAUUGUCAUUGACAGUUUGGAUCUGACACUUCCUGGGUCUUUCCUGGGAUGGAUUCCCCUCGAGACGCUGGGAAUUGGAAUGGCAAUGCUGGUGAGCACUGUGCUUGUCUGGCCAACUGCUUGGGCGAAAGCUCAACAGUAA